AUGUCUGCGAAGCCUGCAGAUGCUUCUCGCCCUCGGGCUGGUGACCCCAAGAAGGUCCAUAUCGCCGACACGGCCAUCACUCGUCAGAACUGGUACAAGCAUGUCAACUGGCUGAACGUCUUCCUCAUCAUCGGUAUCCCCUUGUACGGGUGCAUCCAGGCUUUCUGGGUGCCUCUGCAGCUCAAGACCGCCAUCUGGGCCGUUGUCUACUACUUCUUCACCGGUCUCGGUAUCACAGCAGGAUACCAUCGUCUUUGGGCUCACUGCUCCUACUCUGCUCGUCUGCCUCUGCGUAUCUGGCUCGCAGCCGUUGGCGGUGGUGCAGUGGAAGGGUCCAUCCGCUGGUGGGCUCGUGACCACCGCGCUCACCACCGUUAUACCGACACUGACAAGGAUCCCUACUCUGUUCGCAAGGGUCUCCUUUACUCGCACCUCGGCUGGAUGGUUAUGAAGCAGAAUCCCAAGCGUAUCGGCCGUACCGACAUCACCGAUUUGAACGAAGAUCCCGUCGUCGUGUGGCAACACCGCAACUACCUGAAGGUCGUCCUGAUGAUGGGGCUCGUCGUGCCCAUGCUCGUGGCCGGUCUCGGCUGGGGUGACUGGUUUGGCGGCUUCAUCUAUGCCGGUAUUCUGCGUAUCUUCUUCGUUCAGCAAGCCACUUUCUGCGUCAACUCUCUGGCCCACUGGCUCGGCGACCAGCCCUUCGACGACCGCAACUCCCCCAGAGAUCACGUUAUCACUGCUCUGGUCACUCUUGGCGAGGGUUACCAUAACUUCCACCACGAAUUCCCCUCGGAUUACCGCAACGCCAUUGAGUGGCACCAGUAUGAUCCCACCAAGUGGACCAUCUGGAUCUGGAAGCAGCUUGGUCUAGCCUAUGAUCUGAAGCAGUUCCGUGCCAAUGAAAUUGAAAAGGGUCGUAUUCAGCAGCUCCAGAAGAAGAUCGACCAGAAGCGUGCCAAGUUGGAUUGGGGUAUCCCACUCGAUCAGCUUCCCGUCAUGGAGUGGGAUGACUAUGUUGAACAGGCCAAGAACGGCCGCGGACUGAUUGCUAUUGCUGGUGUUGUCCACGAUGUGACCGAUUUCAUCAAGGACCACCCUGGUGGCAAGGCUAUGAUCAACUCCGGCAUUGGCAAGGAUGCUACUGCCAUGUUCAAUGGUGGUGUUUACUACCACUCAAAUGCUGCUCACAACCUGCUGUCUACCAUGCGUGUCGGCGUUAUCCGCGGCGGCUGUGAAGUUGAGAUCUGGAAGCGUGCUCAGAAGGAGAGCAGCGAAUAUGUCCGCGAUGAGUCCGGUCAGCGCAUUAUCCGCGCUGGUCAGCAGGUCACCAAGAUCCCCGAGCCCAUUCCCACCGCUGACGCGGCAUGA